GUUGUUUUUUGGUUGCAUUUUAUUUACAAUAACGAUGUUACGGAGAGGGCAGGCGAUGCUGCCUUUCUUCUUAUUGACCUGGGUCUUGAGGCUCACACAAGCUCUUGCUUUAGCUCAUGAUCGCCUGCAGGAUGAAGCGGCUGCAAAUUCCAUGUCAGGGACAGGAAACUUGGAUCGUGGAGGGAACUUGAGCUUAGCUACUGAUUUAGCCAUUUCUUAUGCUGAGGACCUUUUUUCUAAACAGGAUUACUUUUCACCAAAUGGAAAAGGUGAACUUUCUGAGAUUGCUGGUUAUUCUGCAGCUCAACAGAGGCAGUCUCUUGAUCAUGUGUUUUCUGAGUCUGAUGCUACAAAUGAUGGGCUUUUUGAUUUCAGCCAGCAUUAUAAGUAUGAUGAGGAUGCUCUUGAACAGCCUGGCUUUUCCAAUCCAGAUAGUGAUGACUUCAAUUCUGAUUUGACCAAGAACUCUGUUCCUUUUGCUGCUGACGACUACCCUAUGGCUUCAGACUCUGAAGGCGAUGUGGAACAUGCACUUUUUACUGAUCGGAGUAAUGACCCUGAUGACUUCCCAGAAGUCUUUGCAUAUGCUGAUUUAGCUACUUCAGAUAAAGAAAAUGUGUCUAAUACCGCUACCCUUGAUCUCAAUGAUUCGGUUAAUCUUGCAGCAGAAAUGGGUAUCGGUGAACUUGGGAAAGAGUUUGAUUCUUCUGACCACAAGUCUGGUACCUAUUCUGAAACCCUAGGCUAUGAUUCUGCUGCCUUUGCAGAUCUUGAAAAGGAAGGCACUGAUACUUUGCAUCCUGGUGUGCAUUCCUAUCAUCGCAAGGACCAAGUUGCUGGUGACCUUAAUGAAAUGCAUGUUUCUUCUUUUGACCGCUCUGUACUUACUGAUAUAAAUCUGGAGUUGGAUGAAGCGCUUUCUCCAGCUCUUAAGAUUGCCAGUGCACUCAACUCUCCUGAUCUCUCCGGAGGUCCCAGGGUGCCAAGCAGCAUCUCUGAUGCCUCUAUAGGGCCCUAUGGUACAUUUAAUCGACCUAUUGCCCCGCCAAACCCCCUUCCUCAUAGCACAGGAGAGCCAACCACCCUGGCUUCAGCAACUACAUGCAGUGUUGCAGAUAUGGCCAUCAAAUUGUUUGGUGGAAGGCUGACAGACCUCAAAGUGCGAGCUGCCUUCAUAUUUGUUGAAGUAAGCAAGAUUCCGCAGAGGUGCAGAUACAAGGUGUUUGAGAGAAAUGGAGUUGUCCACUUUACAACUGCCUUCAAAGGUUGCAAUGUGAAGAUACAGGGUGGGCAAUAUGUCCUGACCCUGAUGUGGAGAAACCACUAUGUGCAUAUGUCCUGUCCAAUUUCUACACCUGAUAAACCUGUUACAAUCUGUGGUACAAGUAGCAUGACCAUCACACUCUCAGCAGGACCAGUAGAAGCACUUCGUGUAAAAAAUAAAUUAAACAAAUGGGUAUCCAUUCACCAAGUUGCUGUUAAAUGCAAAUAUCAACUGUUGCGUGAUUCAGAGGGAAGGAUCACUUUCACUACUUCCUACAAUGGAUGUCACGUGAGGAGAUCGAUGGAUCGUUACUUCUAUAACAUCUACUAUCAAAUGGCUCCAGGGAAGCUAGGACAGGCAGUCAUGUCUUGUAGGACCGGAAUUAAUGUCACAGUCCCGCCUGAAGCGUCUUUGCCGUCUGUAUUUUGUGCCAAGUCUGGCAUGAUAAUCAAAUUGCCUAAGGGACGUCUUGAUGCAGUCAAAGUGAUAGAUGGUUUUGGCAAGGCAAUAGCUGUCGGUAGUAUUGCCAAGAAAUGUAAUUAUCAACUCUUUCAAAUGAAGACUGGACACAUCAUCUUGAUUGCUUCCUUCCAAAGCUGUCAAGUUGCGUUUGUGGAUGGUUGCUUUGCCUUGAAUAUCAAGUUCCAGCAUGCUGAUCGUGUAAUGGGAGAGGUCUCUGCGCUUUGCCAUGCAGGUGGGGGGCCAAAACCAACUUCCCAACCUGAUACUCCUACAACUCGAGAUGUAACUUCCAGUAUACUGUCUACAGUAAUUCCUGUGGAUGUGUCUGCUACCAUCUGCAACAAGGAUGGCAUGACAGUAGUUCUACCCAAUGGUCCUUGGUGGGGGAUUAGAGUGAAAGAUCUUUCUGGCAAAGAGAUCACUGUGACUAGUGAUUUUGCAGAACGAUGCCAUUACAAUCUCUCUCUGCAUCUGGAGAAAAUAAUCUUUACAACUACCUACACUGGCUGUUUUGUUGCACAAGUGGGAGAUCGGUAUGUCCUGACUGUAAUGUACAGAACAGCUACUUGGAAUCAAGGGUCUGUGCGGAUGGAAUGCCCAACCAGUGCUGGAAGCCCUACAGAAUUGCCACCUCUUCCAGCCACUGUGGGGAAACCCAUUCCUGUCUGCAGGUCCUCUAACAUGACUGUGGUGCUGCCUGCAGGAUCUCUGGAAAAAGUCUUGGUUCUAGAUCACCUCAACAGGCCAGUAAAAGUCAUUGAUGCGCCCAAGUCAUGCAAUUACAGCAUGGUGGAGAGAAGAGGACAGAUCCUCUUCACAGCUCCCUACAGUGCCUGUGAUGUCAAGAUCCUGAAUGGAAACUAUGUCCUGGCCAUUAUGUAUACAAGUUAUUCUGGAGACUUUGCAUCAGUGCAGAUGGAAUGCCCUACCACUGGAGAACCAACAAAACCCCCUCCCUCUACAAAACCCAUUCCUCCAACUCCUGUCUGUGGAGCUUCCAGCAUGAUGGUGGAGCUGCCUGAGGGGCCUCUGGAACAAGUCAAGAUAAUGAAUACCUCCAAUGGGCUAUGGGUAGCUGUAAAGGAUGUCCCAAAGAACUGCAACUACACACUGAUGAAGGAAAGAGGAAGAAACCUCUUCAUAACCUCCUACAAGGCCUGUCAUGUCUGGAUACUGAAUAAAAACUAUGUCUUGACUGUAAUCUACACAACUGCAACUGGGGUAAGAGGGAUGGUGCAAAUGACUUGUCCAGCUGUAGAGACAACAUCCCUUACUACUAGGUCUACAACUAUUAGGAAGCCAGUGACUACUGGGAAACCUACAAAACCAACUCUCCCUCCCACUCCUGUCUGCAAAGCCUCCAGCAUGACUGUAGCACUGCCCUCUGGGUCACUACAAGUUUUGUUAUUGAAUCUGUCCAAUGAAUGGGUAGAUAUCAAUGCUGCUCCCAGUUACUGCAACUACAGUUUGGUGCAGGGAAGAGGUGGCAGGAACUUCUUUACAGCCCCUUACAGGGCUUGUGAUGUCCGGAUACAGAAUGGAAACUACAUGUUGACCUUGCUUUACAUAACUGCUGCUGAUAAACGAGGGUACUUGGACAUUAGAUGUCCCACCACUGGUGGGGAGCCAACAGAGACUACUAGCCCCUCUGGUGGGGAGCUGACCGGAACUACUGCUGGAGAAACGACAACUAGUUGGAAACCUACAAUGCCUACUCUCCCUGACACUGCUCUCUGCAGAGCCUCCAGCAUGACUGUAGAAUUGCCCUCUGAGUUGCUUCAAGUUCUACUAUUGAGUCCGUCCAAUGAAUGGGUAGAUAUCAGUAAUGCUCCCAGUUACUGCAACUACAGUUUGGUGCAGGGAGGAGGCGGCAGGAACUUCUUUACAACCCCCUACAGGGCUUGUGAUGUCCGGAUACAGGAUGGAAGCUACAUCUUAACCUUGCUCUACAUAACCAUUGCUAAGGGAGGCUACGUGCACAUGAGAUGUCCAAUAAAAACCACUACUAAGCCAACCAAGACUUCUAGAACCCCCACUACCAGUAUCACCACUGUAGGGGUGACCGAGACCCCUGCAACUGUGGUCUGCACCGCCUCCAGUAUGGUGGUGGAGCUGCCCAAGGAACCUCUAAGACUUGUGAAGGUUCUAGAUAAAUCCAACCGGUGGGUAUCUGUCAUUGAUGCUCCCAAGUACUGCAACUACACCUUGUUGCAGGGAAGGGGAGGGAACUUCUUCAUAACCCCCUACACAGCCUGUGAUGUCAGGAUAUUGGAUAAAAACUAUGUUUUGAAGAUCUGGUAUCUGGCAACUGGUGGCAAAAAAGGGUAUAUGGUGAUGAAAUGCCCCAUCGAUGCUGGAGAACCCACAAAAGCACCAACUACUUGGGAGCCAACCAAGAUUACCAGAACCACGAGCAGGAAGACUACCAGAACCACCAUUGGAGAGCCAACCAGGACCACCAGUAGGAAGACCACCACGGGGAGGCCUACCAGGACCACCAGUAGGAAGACCACCACGGGGAGGCCUACCAGGACCACCAGUAGGAAGACCACCACGGGGAGGACCACCAGUAGGAAGACCACCACGGGGAGGACUACCAGGACCACCAGUAGGAAGACCACCACGGGGAGGACUACCAGGACCACCAGCAGGAAGACCACAACAACCAUUGGGGAGCCAACUAGGACCACCAGUAGGAAGACCACCACGGGGAGGACGACCAGGACCACCAGUAGGAAGACCACCACGGGGAGGACGACCAGGACCACCAGUAGGAAGACCACCACGGGGAGGACGACCAGGACCACCAGUAGGAAGACCACCACGGGGAGCACGACCAGGACCAGCAGUAGGAAGACCACCACGGGGAGCACGACCAGGACCAGCAGUAGGAAGACCACCACGGGGAGGACUACCAGGACCACCAGCAGGAAGACCACAACAACCAUUGGGGAGCCAACUAGGACCACCAGUAGGAAGACCACCACGGGGAGGACGACCAGGACCACCAGUAGGAAGACCACCACGGGGAGGAUGACCAGGACCACCAGCAGGAAGACCACCACGGGGAGGACUACCAGGACCACCAGCAGGAAGACCACAACAACCAUUGGGGAGCCAACUAUGACCACCAGUAGGAAGACCACCACGGGGAGGACUACCAGGACCACCAGUAGGAAGACCACCACGGGGAGGACUACCAGGACCACCAGUAGGAAGACCACCACGGGGAGGACUACCAGGACCACCAGUAGGAAGACCACCACGGGGAGGACAACCAGGACCACCAGUAGGAAGACCACAACAACCAUUGGGGAGCCAACUAGGACCACCAGUAGGAAGACCACCACGGGGAGGACUACCAGGACCACCAGUAGGAAGACCACCACGGGGAGGACGACCAGGACCACCAGUAGGAAGACUACCACAACCAUUGGGGAGCCAACUAGGACCACCAGUAGGAAGACCACCACGGGGAGGACUACCAGGACCACCAGUAGGAAGACCACCACGGGGAGGACGACCAGGACCACCAGUAGGAAGACCACCACGGGGAGGACUACCAGGACCACCAGUAGGAAGACUACCAAUGCCCCUACAAUUGUGGUCUGCACCGCCUCCAGUAUGGUGGUGGAGCUGCCCAAUGAACCUUUAAGACUGGUCAAGGUUCUAGAUAAAUCCAACCAGUGGGUAGUUGUCAUUGAUGCCCCCAAGUACUGCAACUACACCUUGUUGCAGGGAAGGGGAGGGAACUUCUUCAUAACCCCCUACACGGCCUGUGAUGUCAGGAUAUUGAAUAACAACUAUGUUUUGAAGAUCUGGUAUCUGACAACUGGUGGCAUAAAAGGGUAUGUGGUGAUGAAAUGCCCAACCAGUGCUGGCGAACCCACAAAAACACCUUCCUCUCCAACCACUACUGGAAAACCACCAAUACCCACUGUCUGCAAAGCCUCUGUCAUGACAAUAGAGCUGCCUGAAGGACCAAUUGAACAAGUAGCUCUGAUAGAUAAAUCCAACACUCUGGUAACUGUCAAAGAUGAUACCAGAAAGUGUGGAUACAGCUUGGUGCAUGGGAGAGGAAAGAACAUCUUCACAACCCCUUACACAGCCUGUGAUGUGAAGAUGCUGAAUGGGAAUUAUGUCCUGACUCUAGCAUAUGUAACCCUUGCUGGGGAAAGGGUACUGGUGCAGAUGAAAUGUCCAACCAGUGCAGCUUUACCAACAGGGUUGCCGCUUCCUCCCUUUGGGGUUUCUGUCCUCUGCAGUGAUACUUGCAUGACAGUGGAACUUCCUGGGGGACUGCUACAAGAUAUCCAGUUAGUGGAUGAAUCCAACAACUUGGUAGCUGUUACCAGUGCUCCCAAGAUUUGUGGCUACAGUUUGGUGAGGGGGAACGGAAAGAACAUCUUGACCGCUCCUUACAAGGCCUGCAAUGUCAAGAUACUGAACAACUUCUACAUCCUGAGAGUCAUUUACACCACUCUUACUGGGGAGCGAGGAGAUAUACAGGCCAAGUGUCCUGUUCCUGGUCUAGUACCACGUGAGGGGUGCAAGAUACCAAGAAGUCAGCAGGUUGCUUGUGGUCCACCUAAUGCUGAUCCACAACUGUGUGUGGCCAAUGGAUGUUGUGUGGAUGCAACAACUUCCCAGUGUUACUAUCCUUUGAAUGCAUGCACUGCAGAUGGCCAUUUUGUAUUCUCCGUAGACCGCACCUCAACUAAGCCAGAAAUCGAUCCUGGCAGUCUAGUAAUUGCAGGAAACCGAUCAUGUGCCCCAGUAAUCUGCACUCCAGACUUUGCCAUCUUCAAAUUUCCUGUGACUGGCUGUGGGACACAUGUCUUUACGGUGGCGGAGACUACAAUUUAUCUUGCUGAAGUUCAUGGCUUGGUUCGGGGGAACCAGCAGAUGUAUGGACAAAUUACCAGAGAUGGCCCUUAUCGUUUCCAGGUGGAAUGUCGCUAUUCUAAAAGGCAUUUGGCCAGCACUGGUUACUUGGUGGUGAACCCACCGCCUCCAUCAGCAGCCUUGGCUUUUGGCUCACUUGGGGUUAGGUUAAGGAUUGCCACAGACACCAGCUACACUAGCUUCUACCCUCGGUCCCAUCUGCCCCUGAGCUUCUUGCUUGGAAGCAAGGUGUAUCUGGAAGUGCAGCUUGUCAACCCUCCUAACCCCAAUGUAGUUCUGCUGGUCCACUACUGCAUCGCCUAUCCCCAGUCCUCUCAAGCUGCCUGGGUGAUCCUCUAUGAAGGUUGUCCCAACAUCCUGGAUUACAGCAGUGCUGCUGGCCUCCAUGUGAAAUACAAUAACAUGCCUGUAUCCAAGCACACUCGACGCUUUGAAAUACAAAGCUUCCAGUUCCUGGACUACAAGACCAAGCAGCAUUUGGAUGAGGAAAUCUAUUUUAUGUGUUCAACUGAAGUGUGUUCCCCAGAACACCGUGUUUGUAAUGAAGGAUGCUUUGAUGGGAGAGAUAUGCCUGUUCCAGUAGAUCUUGGUGUGGGAGGGCGCUGUGCAGGAAAGCCCUGUCCUGGGAAAUCCAACGUAGUCAAGCGAGCUGCUCAUGGUCAUACUGGCCUCAUCGCUGUCGGUGAAGGAACCUUCCUUUUGGAUGAGCCUGUGCCCCAUGAACAAAUGGAGAAGCACUGGACACACUUCCAUGGUCUCCUGGGGCUGCUUGCUCUGCUGGUCUCGGUAUCUGUUGUAAUGCUCUUCCUCAAAAAAUGGGUUGUCUUGCAAAUGGCCAGGUCCUAGAGAAGCAGUCUCUAACUUGAAUAAACCUUUUAUCUUGUGUUGAAA